AGCGGGCACAUAGUGCACACGCGGGUGCCAUGGUUCUGUUUGCUUUUGCAGCCAACGCACCAAAGUCCAGCGCUUUCGUAGUGGUAGCUCCGUAGUGUAAGUGUGUAGUAGCGAAUUAGUCACUCGCCAGACCGGUCACUGCAGCGGCAUCCCGAACGCACCAGCACCAAACACGUCCAGCGUCUUAUCAGUGCGUCAAGGGUGUCGGUACGUUGGGUACGGUUCGCAACAACGACCACAACCAUAGCGGCGAAGAGAAUAGCUGAAGGUGUAGUUCGUCUCGUCUUCCGAGGUGUUGUGUUUACUUUCUACGUACACUGGCAGCUCGUGCAAUGGUUACGCGCGUGCCGCCGUGAAUAAGGAAACCCCUACACCAGACGUGACGCCUGUGUGAGCGAUGAGACCGCUACAGACCGGGCGAGCGUGAACGAAAGAGUGAGUGACGCUAUACAGCGCGCGUGCAGCAGAGUCGUGAGUCGCGCGGAGCGAGCUCACCGUGAGACGGACGCUCGCUGCUCACGCUCACCGUCUAGUUUCAGCGCGGUUUUAACGUGAGUCGGAUCGAUUUCGCCGUUCAGUUCACUCGACAACAUCGGCUUUGGUGGUGGCAAGCGUAACAACUGGCCGCAAAACUGAUAAACCAGGCAAACCAACCUCGUAUCGUGCUUUUGUAUGUGGGUGCAAACUCGUGUGUGCGUGUGUGUGCUCUCUCGCUCUCUCUCUCGGUGGGUGUAUGUGUGUACCGGUCUUUUGCGUAAAAGCGUGAAAAUUUAAAAAGCAAAUACAAAACAAAACUCGCCACCCGCAACGACGAAACAAUAUCGUUUACUGUUUGCCCUUUUCGCGGCGCUGUUUUGGGGCGGCUGAGAGCGUGUGUAUGUGUGCACAACUGUGUCCAGCAGCAUCCAGCAACCGAACGUUCCUUCCCGUCCAAUCCACCGCCCUACCAAAUCACCAAGGAUGCAGAACAAUCAUCACAGACAUCUGGCCCUUCUGGUGGCAUUUUGUUCGUGUUACAGUCUCCUAACACCAGUACAGUCGCAACAAAUAGAAACCGUGCCCUUGUCACCAUCGUACCACACACUGUACGAACGCAACGUGGAUCUACUCUGCCGAGCCGGCAAACCCAUCGACCAGUGCCGCGUUCGGCUUCCCGGGCCUUCCGCCGAGACGUUCGACGUUGGCAGCUUACCGGCAGGCGUCAAGCGCAUCGGUGACGAUUCGCGCGGAGAAUGUGGCGUACGGUUGAGCACGUUUACUUCCGAACGGGUCGGCAAGUUCGUCUGCAUUGUCACGAUCAGCGGAGAGGAGCAUGAGGGUUCGAUCGAGCUACGGCAGCGUGUACCGCCUCGACCCACGGAGCUGAAGAUCUCCAAGAAUACUGCCCUGAUCGAUGGUGGUAUUCGGGCGAACCAGAUGCUGAAGGCGAGAUGUGUUUCGCGAUUCGGUUUGCCCGUGUCCAAUCUUACCUGGUACCUGAACAACAGACCGCUCAACGACAGUCUGCUCAAACCGGCCCAGAUUACUACGGAAAUGCAGGAUGGGAAAAAUCUUCAAACCAUCCAGCAGGAGGUGAACCUGUACGUUACACCGGAGGAGAACGGCCAAACGCUGGAAUGUGUGGUCAAUCAUCCCGCGUUUAAAUCCGAGCAACGGACAUCGUUUCCACUAAACGUGAAGUUCGCACCGGAAGAGAUACCACACAUCCAUAUCGAUGAGCUGCCGGCAACCGGAAGUGCAACGGUCAACAUUACAAUCCAUGCCAACCCGCAACCCAUCACCCGGUGGACCGUCAAUGGGCGGCUGAUAAAGGAGGGCGAAUCGGUGGACAUCUACCAGGCGUACAUUCCACGUCCAACAUCGGGUAAUGGCGAGUACAGGGUGUUGCUUAAAAACAACGACUGUUCGAAGGAGCGAGCGACGCUUUUCACGCUCGAGGCCUCCAACGUACUGGGCACGCAGACCUACAUCAUCAAGGCGGUUCGGGUGGACGACGAAGGGACGGAGGUGAACCGGAACGAUGACUACAACUACAACGAUGACAGCAACGGAUCUACCUUCUGGCUGAUAAGCGUCUGGACCUUCUUCUGCUCUGUGAUAGCUACACGUCUGUUGUGAAUCCAAUUGUUUUCCAGUAGUCGAGCAGGACGAUCGAGUCGGAUUGCGCUGGCAUGGGGGGGAGGGACCUUGUGCGUGCCCGUGUUAGGAGAAUAUUUCCACUCCCAGGAUUCUCGAGGCUAACGGGUGACGGGUAUUGUACAGUAAGGCUUGCUAGGUGAAUGGAGAUGGGGUGUGAGAGAGAGAGAGAGGUGAAAUGAGAUCCUGUUCGGAAAUAUUCUCCUACGGGCCACAAGCGGUCACCAUCCUCCGCCCAAAACGCUGACCACAGAUCUGUACACGUGUGUAGGGGACCAGUACGAACCGUACUUGUCGAUUGUAAAAUAUGCAAACCGAUCCGAUAGUUCCUCCAGAAAAGUAUUCGCACUGCAACAACAGCAACAAACCACCAGCAAACUACCUGAUUCGAUCCGCUCCGAGUGGUUUUACCAAAAUUCUUCAACACCCGUUUCUGUUUCAUAAACUAGAGUAAGGCACAGGGCAAAGGAGAGUGACAAACCAAAAUGAAAACUGUUCCGAUAUAUGUGUGAAUGUGUGUGUGUGAAAGUGACCUCAAGUAAAGGGAUGGGAUGCUCAUCCCCGUAAAAUGUACGUGAUUAUUCGAUGGAGAUGCAUUUUCCCGCCCAGCAUUUCAGUGCCGCUAGAGGAAGCUAGAUGUGUCAAAAUGGAAACAUUAUUUAUUUCAUUACUCUCUCGCGCUACGAGACAAUGCUUUAAUGAAUCUAAUCUGUAGAAGUGCGAUGCAGAACGAUGUCGAGGCUGAAGUCGAAGCAGAAGCAACAGCACUAGCAGCAGCAGCAGCAGCAGCGACAAACCCAACGACAGAAAGUGUUAUGUGGUAUUCGUUUUAAAAACAACAGUAUUUUUAGCGAUCGUUUUGGUUCGCGUGAGCUCUUGGUGACCAAAACGAAUGAAUAAAAGAAACAAUAAGCUUGUAAGAAA